CGGCUCAUUCAAUGAGUAUCUGUAUAGCGGUAAAUAAGUUUGACUAAUGUUGUUGUUAUCGUUUUGUACAUUAACAGCGCUGUCAAUAUAUACUAUUCGUCCUCGAUGUAAAUAGAUACGUUAUCUCAAUAAGCCACCGGCUGAUAUUGAUAGUUUCAAACAAUGCUAAUCAGUUGUCGUAUUGCUCCGUCGGCCGUCAGCCGUGCUGUUUGCUCAAUUAAUGUGUGAUAAUAAUUAUGUGAUGAUACGUGAAUGUAUCGCGACUUGAAUAUAUCGUUUCUCAACUGCUACUACCACGAUGACACGAUCUAGCUACCGUCCGCUGGUGCCCCGCUCUUCGAACAAUUCCUUAGAACACCGAGACAUGGGGACCACUUCACCUCCAGGCGAGCCUUUAGUACGUGCGCCGGUGGGCAAACCUAGAUGUCCACCAGCCAUAUCGAGGUUAAGAGUGGAGAAGGUAGAAGGCGGACUGGCAGUCGCUGGAGUGGUCGUCGCCGCGAACUGCCAGAUUGUGCUACCUAUUUUCGGCUUCCUCUUCAUGCUUGUAGGCUGUGUGCUCACAGCUGCUUCAUAUCGCGGUUGUGGAGAGAAUGAAGAGCCACAUCAUUAUGAAGAGAGGAUCGCGUUCACCGGCAACUCUAGGGUGCUUGGCCCCGUUUGCAUCGUUGCUGGAGCCCUUAUGACUAUUGCCGGCGUAGUGUUGUGUAUAUUAAUGCGUGCCGCUCAGCGCCGGCAACGCAGACUGGCAUUCCAUUGUCCCAUCCAUGGAGACUUCUAUCCACUUAGUCCACAAAGCAGCAGAAAAUUUUCUCGCAGCCCGUUAGGUCUCUGGCGUCGGUUACGAAGCUGGUUGGGAAUGAUUGAGGAGGGCGAGUCGCCCCGCUGUCCACGAUCUACCGAACCAGCGUCACCGGCACGAGCUGAUGCACCGUGCCCUCCUCCCUUGCCUUUCUUAGUGCCAUCGGAUUCUGUUGUAGGAAUGGCAUCGAUAUUAGGAGCUCCACUAAGUCCUGAACAAACAUUCGGAUCUAUUAAAUCCUUGGCCAUAUCCAGGGAAGUAGCCAGCUUUCCGUUGUCAAGAUCUCCUACACCACCACCACUAAGCUGUCCACCAUUCAAGGAAGAAUCGAAAAAUUACGAUACCAACAUCCCGAACUCAGUGUCUCGCCCUGACUUCGACUGCGGCUCGCCCACUUGCAAUUAUCGUGUCGUCGAAUGCAAACUCACUACCGCCGAUGAAAUAUCGAGGAGUGCUCCCAUCAACCCUAGUGUGCACAGUCUAGUCUCAGACAGACCGGCCAGACCUAGUACGGUCUCUAUAACCAUACCCAACGAGGGCAAAGGUUAACACGUCGAAAGUGAUUUAGACAUUAGACUAUUAGUGACAUAAAAGUUCAAAGUGAGCUAUUUAAAUAUUUGGCGACAGAAA